AUGUCGGACCAGAACAACCAGCAAAAAGGCUUCUUUGGCACCGCUGCAAGCGGUCUCGGAAACACGCUAGGCGCAGCAACGAACACGGUCGGAAAGGGCGUCCAGGGCGUUACUGAUGCCACUGGUAAUGUUGUUGCUGCCGGUGGUAAAGGGCUUGGCGAUGCUGUGACGGGAGUUACGCAGGGUGUUGGGGAGACUACUAAAGCGGCUGGUAACUUUGUUGGCGAUACGACGAAGGCUGGGGGUAAGAGCGUGGGUGCUGAGCAGAAGGGUCAGAAUUAG